UUUGUCGAAGCUCACAAUGUUUACAACACAAUGUGAUGAAGGUGACUAGUUAGAAGAUCAAGCUAUAGCUUUGUAUACAAACUAUGAGAGAAAAUUACUCGUAGAAUAGUUCUGUUGAUUCAAUCACACUUAAACACUGAGUGAAUUAUUAUUUAAAUGUAGUUAUAUAUAUCAAAGUUAUUAAUUAUAAAAAGUAGAAUUAAGUGCUCUAUAAAUACAUGUUGAACAUAGAUCAACAACAUGUCACAAACAACAUCUCACAUAUUUGAUCAAAAUAACAGUCACAAACGUGCAACUAUAGGUAAUGUGUAUGCAAGCACACCGAUCAAGCCGUUAACAAAACUUCAUAGUAUAUCCUUAUCUGGGAUUGAUACAUUUUCUUCCUCGAGUGGAGGUAGAAAUUCACAAUUUAUUCAGUCGCAAAUCCAAACAAAAAAACACAAAAGAUAUACAAAGGGAAAGAAAAAGGGAAGCAAAAAUUGGCAUGUGAUAGAGACUGAUAGUGAAUAUGAAGUAAAAGCGCAAAAGAAAACUUUGAAGAACAAGAAAGAGAAAAGAACGGUCAAAAGAAAGCGAAUAAUAAUUCAGUCAGAUAGUGAAUGGGAAACUGAAUCGGAAAAGUUAAUUAAUGAACCCUCAAUAAAUACGCAGGAAUCCAUUCUAAACAAUCAUGAAUGCAUACAAUUAUUUGAGGAUGUGUAUAACUGUACACCAGAAAAAACUCGAGAUAUACCAAACACAUAUGAAGAAAAUUUGCACGUAUCACCGAUUAUUGAAUCUUCUAUAAGAAUGCGUUUAACUUCAAAAAAGAAUGAUAUGCAAGAUGACCUUUUGCCAGUGAAUUUAUUAUCGACGGAUACACGAACUCUAGAGGAAACAGACGAGGCUGAAAUGAGAUUCCGUAUGAAUUUUAUAUAA